AUGACGCCCCUCACCUCGCCCUCCCACUCCCCGCCCGACGGCCACGCCCUCCUCUCCCAUCACGACCGCCCAGAGCGUUCCAGGAACGCCAAAGCCCAAGCCCGCCACCGCGCCAAGCGCAAGGCCUACAUAGAGCAGCUCGAAAGCACCGUCACCAAGCUGCAGAGCGUGCUCGCCCUCUCCCCCGACCAGGUCGCCGCCCUCCCGCCCCCGCUCAUCCGCAUCCGCGAGCUCGAGGAGGAGAACGAGCUCCUCCACCGCCAGCUCGACGACCUCCGCCGC